UCAAUUCGCCCCGGGCUUGCUUGCUAACUACCAUCUGGACUAGAGACAAUCACUCAUCACUGGAAGCCCAUCACAUACUGUUCUAUUGGCUCUAUCUUUGACCCGGAUGACACACGCGCCACCAGAUGACACUGAAUAUGCGCUCUUGAUCGCCUGGAUCGACCAGCGUGUCGCCACAUCUUUCCUCCAACACCAAUAUCGCAUUACACAUCUGCUCAACACCCAGUCAAUCGCUCGCUCGGUCAUGGAAACUCGGUUCCUUUCUCGCGUACUAUCAAUCUAUACGCAAAAUAAAGCGUGUCAAGGUCUUGUUGGAGUGGAUGAUACGGUCCCUAGUUCAAAUUUGCAAAUCCGAUGUGGACAAGUCAACGAUAGAUUGUUUGUGGGAAUCAUGGCGAUCGGGUGUGAGCACGACGGCGUGGUAUUGAGGGGUGGUUGCAGGGAAACAUUUGGCGAGGCGUUGGAGAGCUUUGUUGAUACUGUGUUGAACACGGGAAAGACAUAUAUGGAGGAGUACAAGAGGCAAAGGGAAGAGGAGGGCGAGCUUGAGAGGAGAGAAGAGCAGAUGGAGAGGAUAACGGUGGGGUGGUGGGAGGCUCUGUGAGGCAGGUUUAUGAGCUCUGUAUUGCUUUCUGGUUUGUUCAGGUACUUUUCCUACCCUCUUUUCCUUAGACUUCCAAUUCUUCUAACGUCAUUUUCUCGUCAUUUCAUAAUCCAUCUCAACACUUUUCGUAGGUUCUCUGAGUUCUCGAUUGAUCUUCCCAUCACCUUUAUAUCAC